AUGUCCAAUAACACCCCUGCAUUGAAUCCUCAAACUCCGUGCUUAAACCCUCACCGGAAUCAUCAAAUCAAAGGCUUCUCGCCCUGGCCAGGUCGUAUCUCGGAGCCCCCGGCAGAGCUCCGCCGUAUUACCGUCAAGAAAAACAUUCCCGUUCGAUGCAUUUUCUUCUUUGGUUCCAACAACUAUGCAUGGAUCGAGGAAACACAAAUCAAGCCAUACCAGGAGUUCAAAGAGAAGCUGCUCUCGUCGUGCAAGUCGGCCGGCUUCAAGGAGGCCGUCCAGCAAAUCGAAGAGUUCAUCGCCUCGCCGGAAAAUUUCCAGCAUCUAUUCGCCUCGGAGUAAGACAACCGCCCCGAUCCGGACGUCGAGUUCAACAAACUGCGCGAAGGUGGCACCGAAAUCGGCGAGGAAACGACCGUCAACAACACGUACCCGGCAGCGCUGGAAUCGGUCGAAACGAAACCCGUAACGGCCAAGAAAUCCGCCGCCAAAAAGAAAGCUGCUUCCACAACCAAAGCCCGCGCGAUAGGCAACAAAGCGAAAGCUGCAGCGGCCCUGAACGACACUUCAUCGCCCAAGCUCAAACGGAAAAUCCUCAACGAUACCCCCGGCGAUGUGUCCUCACUUGAUCUCGACACUUUCUCCCCGGUGCGUCGCAAUGUACCUGUAUCACAUCUGUUUAACCGACCAACGGUAGCCCGCCCGGCCACGCAUCGAUAUGACCAGCGCACAGUGGCCCAAACCAAUCUGACCGGCGUCGAUCCCGAAACGUCACAUGAAAUUGCAGAGCAAAUUAUCGCCAAAGGAGGAAGAUAUCUAGAAGCACAAAUUCAGAGAUCCAAGAACCAAGCGGAGGAAGGAACGUUAAUAAUUCUGGGCGCCGGCGAACGGUUGCUGUUCGAGGAAUGCCAGACCUGCUUCGAGGCCAUCUCGCGCAACUCGUUCUACAUGGGCGACGUGGGCAAUGCCACCAAGAUGAAUCUGGUCCUGCAGAUGAUCUCCGGCGUGAUGCUGACCGGUAUUGCUGAGGGGCUGGCUCUGGCCGAUCGAGCGGGUCUUCGACAGAAGGAUGUCCUGGAAGUACUGGAACUGACAAGCAUGUCGUCAGAGCUGGUCAUGCAGAAGGGAAAUGCAAUCAUCAAGGGCGAAUUCCCGCCCCAGCAGGAACUGAAGCACAUGCAGAAGGACCUCAAGCUGGCGCUGAACAUGGCCGAAGGUCUGGAGCACCCCCUGCCCAUCACGGCCGCCUCCAACGAGGUGUACAAGCACGCGAAACGCCUUGGCUACGGUUCCCACGAUUCCAGCGCAGUUUACGUGCGGGCAAGGUUUUAACAGCGACUCGGUCUAGCGCUGAAAGGAGGAGAUGUGAGCUUGAAGAAUUGAACGGCGACGACGAAGAAGGAAUGCAUAUA